CGGCCUGAAGUUCUGCGAUUCUCUUGCGCAAAAACGGCUCACUGAUUCACAAGAAUCUUUUAAAUUCAAAAGAAUUUGCGAAUCGUUCAUGAUUCGCACAUCACUACAAAACAGCACAAAACUGAUUUUCGCUUAGACUGGUAACUGCCGGGAUCAGGUUGUUGUGCUAGGCUACAGUAUCCCCAUACUUAUAGAACUCGUGGACAUUCCAGCGUUGGAAUCCAGUUUUGUCUUGGAAGAAUAUUACGACCACGCCAUAUAGCCGGAGCAGCUGAAGAACCUGAAGGCAAACUCUUCUGAGCCGGGGAAGCUGUCUGAGCUCAUUAUGAAAACAAAUGGCCCAGUGGAAACAGUUGCAAAAGUUGGACUCCUGGUGCCUGGAGCAGUUGGACCAGCUGUAUGAUGAUACUUUCCCUAUGGAGAUCCGCCAGUACCUAAGCACUUGGAUCGAGAGCCAUGAUUGGGAGACAGUGGCCACCAGCGAUUCCCUGGCAACGGUCCGUUUCCAUGACCUCCUGGCACAGUUGGAUGACCAGUACAGCCGUUUCGCCUUGGAGAACAACUUACUGUUGCAACUCAAUAUUCGCAGGAUUAAACGAAAGCUGCAGGAUAAAUUCCAGGAAAAACCUUUAAAAAUGGCCAUGAUUAUCUGUAACUGUCUAAAAGAGGAAAAGAAAAUCCUGGCAUCAAUCAUCAAAAAUGUGGACAACAUGGACUCUACACCAAAUAAGGUAGUGUUCAAGAAACAGAAGGAGCUGGACAAAAACGUUAAAAACCUGAGGAAUCUAAUUCAGAAUGCAGAGCAGGAGAUGAAGACACUUGAGGACCUUCAGGAUAAACACGACUUUAAGAACCUGCAGAGACGAGUAGAACAAGAAGGGAAUGUGAUAACACAUUCACUACCAGAACAGGAAGAGAUCUGGGAUGAGAUGAUAAUCAGGGAGCUUUUCGGAGAACUCAAAGAUACCAGAGAGAGGGUAGUGCAUCAGAUUGCAGACGUCCUGAGCUUGGCUGGGGAGAUCCAGGACACACUAGUGCUUGAGGAGAUGCCUGAGUUGAAGCGCCGACAGCAGAUUGCCUGUAUCGGAGGUCCACCUGACGCCUGCCUAGAUCAGCUACAAAUCUGGUUCACUGCGGUGGCAGAGGGGUUACAGCAGAUCCGCCAGCAGCUGAAAAAGCUUCAGGAGCUGGAACAGAAGUAUACAUAUGAAAACGACCCCAUCACUCAGUUUAAAAGCACUCUGGAGGAACGUUCUCUCACCCUGUUUAAGAACCUCAUUGUCAAUUCUUUUGUGGUGGAGAGACAGCCCUGUAUGGCCACUCAUCCCCAACGACCUCUGGUGCUGAAGACUGGUGUGCAGUUCACGGUCAAAAUCAGGCUCCUGGUGAAGCUCCAGGAGUUCAACUACAAGCUCAAAGUCAAAUCAGUUUUUGAUAAGGAUGUCUCUGAGAGAAACACAGGGAAAUGGUUCCGUAAAUUUAACAUCUUGGGAACCAACACCAAGGUUAUGAACAUGGAAGAGUCCAGUGGAAGCUUAGCAGCAGAAUUCAGACACCUGAAACUAAAGGAACAGAGAGGUAAUGGGAACCGGUCAAAUGAGGCUCCCCUCAUAGUGACUGAGGAGCUCCACUCCAUCAGCUUUGAGACACAGCUUUCUCAGCCCGGAUUCAAAGUCCAACUAGAGACAAUGUCCCUACCCAUUGUGGUCAUCUCCCACAUUUCCCAACUGCCCUGUGCCUGGGCCUCUGUGAUGUGGUAUAACAUGCUGACAUGUGAACCCAAGAAUCUGUUAUUCUUCCUGAACCCUCCUCCGGUCACCUGGGGCCAGUUGUCAGAGGUGCUGAGUUGGCAAUUCUCCUCCGUAACCAAGCGAGGUCUCAACGAGGAGCAGUUGAGGAUGCUGGGAGACAAGCUCUUGGGUCAAGAAGCAGCGGGAAACCCUGAUGGGCUCAUCCCCUGGACCAAAUUCUGCAAGAAUGAGAAGACUCUUCCCUUCUGGCUGUGGAUCGAGGGAAUCCUGGAGCUGAUCAAGAAACACCUGCUGUUUCUCUGGAAUGAUGGGUUAAUCAUGGGCUUCGUCAGUAAGGGCAAAGAAAAGGCCCUGCUGAAGGACAAGGAGCCUGGCACUUUCCUACUGCGUUUCAGCGAAAGUAGCCGGGAGGGAGCCAUUACCUUUACCUGGGUGGAGCGCUCCAAUAACAACGUCCAAUGCCACUCGGUUGUGCCAUACACUAAGAAGCACCUCUCCGUUGUCACCUUCCCUGACAUCCUCCGCAACUACAAGGUGAUGGCUCCUGAGAACAUCCCGGAAAACCCUCUGCUGUACCUCUACCCCGACAUCCCCAAAGACAGAGCCUUCCAACAAUACUACAGCCACCCCACAGAAGCUGCUGAACCAAUGGAGUUGGAUAGUGCUGAUUUGACGGGUUACAUUCUGCAAGGUUUCGUCUCUGUGUCUGAAGUCCAUCCCUCCAGACUCCAGGAUAAUAUAAUGCCGAUGAGUCCCGAAGUGUUUGGAGAGCUGUCCCGGAUUAUAAACCCUGCUGAGAUUGACUCUGUGAUGAGAACCCCUUUCCCAAACUAACCUGAUGUCACCAGGCAGCAUCUGGGAAAACCACAAAGGCCAACAAAAACUACAAUUACUGAAUUUACUAUGUACAUACAUUGUGAAAACUGUAUACAUACAGUUCAUUAUCAUAGUUUUUUGUCAUUUAAUAUAUAUGAUUUUUGUAGUGUAGUUCAGUGGUGACUGGGUACUGUUUUAUGAAUGCAUAUGUAAUGGAUAGAAAAUGAUGGUGUGCUGGUAACUGUUCUUCACUUUGUUAAUGGAUCUGUUUCAUUACUUUUAGGAGUGGACUUGCAGAUACAGAUUAAGCAUCGUCUUUGUUCGUGAAAUAGUUAAAGUUAAAUGGUUAAAGCUGAUGUAUGUCAGAACAUCUGUUGCCUUGUUUGUAUACCUAUCCAAGGCCUUUGAUACAGUUUGAUUAUACAUUCGAUUUUAAAGAACAAACUAAUAAAACCCAUACUCUUUA